CCGCUGAGGGCCCUGCAGGAAAUGCGGGAGCAGCGGCUGCGCGAGCUGCAGAGCCGGAACGUGUCCGGGCUGCGCGAGGCCCUGCAGAGGAAAAUCGAGGCCCUGGAGCUGCAGCUGCGUCUCCAUGGCAACGGCUCCCAUCACCACGGCAACCACCACAGUCACCACGGCAACCACCAGGAGAAGCAUCCCCACGGUUUCCAUGGCAACCACCACGAGGAGAAGCAUCCCCACGGUCUCCACGGCAACCACCACGAUCACCACGGCAACCACCACCACGAGAAGCACGGGGACCACGCCGAGCAUCACGGUUACCACGGCAACCACCACCACCACCACCACCACCAGGAGAAGCAUCCCCACGAUCACCAUGGCAACCACCAUGAGGAGAAGCACAGGGACCACCACGACGGUCACCAUGGCAACCACCACCCCCACCACCCCCACCACCACGAAGCAUCCGCACGGUCUCCAUGGCGACCACGACGGUCGCCAUGGCAACCAGCACCACCAGGAGACGCACGGGGACCACCUGAGCGGUCGCCACGGCGACCGCCAUCACAGUCACCAUGGCGACCACGACGGUCACCAUGGAGACCACCGUGAGAAGCACGGGGACCACCACGACGGUCACCAUGGCAACCACCACGAGAAGCAUCCGCAUGGUUUCCAUGGCAACCACGACAACGACGACGACGAUGAUGAAGAGAAGCAUCCCCACGGUCUCCAUGGCAACCACGGCGGUCUCCAUGGCAACCACCAGCACGAGGAGAAGCACGGGGAGCACCACGACGGUCACCAUGGCAACCACCACCACGAGAAGCAUCCCCACGGUUUCCAUGGCAACGACGACGAUCUCCACGGCAACCACCACCACGAGAAGCAUCCCCACGGUUUCCAUGACAACCUCAACAGUCUCCAUGGCAACCACCACCAGGAGAAGCAUCCCCACGGUCUCCAUGGCAACCACGCCCCCCACGAUCACCACGGCGACCGCGAGAAGGACCACGGCGACCGCCCCGACGGUUUCCAUGGCAACCAGCAUCACCCCCUUGGUUACCACGGCAACCGCGCCAAGGCCGCCGACCCCGCCCAGCCCCACGGUUACCAUGGCAACCGCAGCGGCAUCCUCCAUAACAACCACCCGCCCGGUCUCCAUGGCAACGGCAAACCCGGCAACCGGCUGGAGGGCGGUAACCAUGGCAACCGGCAUCCGCUCCACGGCAACCACUACACUUCCGGGGCGGUUUCCGCGUGUCCUUCCCCCUGCGCACCAAUUACAUGUUCGCGAGUUCGGAACUUGGGCGCGGGUCCGCUGUGCAAUGUGGGCGGCUUGUGGGGCCCCAACUUGGGCACCCCUUCUGGGGAUCUUGCGGGCAAAUUUGGGGCAAAUUUAGGGCUGCUCUCUUGGGCGGCCUUUCGGCUGCUCGUCGAUGACCAGAUUUUUUGA